AAUGACCUAUCUUGAAGAUAGACCCCUUUCUCAGUUUCUCUAUUUGUAAUUCAAAUAAAAUACAUUCUAAUGACAAUAACAUUCUUACUAACUCUCACUAAUUAAUACACUGACACACUUAACAAAAAUACUAAAAGACUAAAAUAACCUUUUUAACAAUAUUAUCAAACAUUAUAUGUGCACGCUAAGCGACCUCUGUUAGCUGCUCAACCUGCUUCCCUGUUGGCUUCUUUAAAAUCCCAUUACACCCACCAAAGCUGUGCUCCCAGUUUCAAUGAAUUUCCCCUAGUUUCAUACUUCAUAUUCAAGACUCGCAUGAGUUAAUGCAGUCGAUUUGGCACCGAGUCCAAACCAGUGGGUCCCUCUGUUCUUUGGGUGCAUGAACCCCAAGCCAGAGAUACCAGGACAAUGUCUCUGACUUGCAAGCCUCUCCACCCCCCCUGUAUUCUCUCCCCACAUAUUAACGAGGCUCUCUAGUAUUACUUCAGCAUCAUCUCACUUGUCUUCACUCUUGAAUUUCUUUGGUUGUUUUGCCAUUCGCCUCUCCCCUGAUUUGCGCUUAGCUGAGACUAUCAAACCUGCCCCCUAUCCAAAGCAAAUUACACUUUCGAUCCUCCCUUGCUGCCACCUGAGCCUUUGCACAAAAAAACGCCUAGCCCAAGUGUGUCCAAGAACCAAAAAAAGCCCAAGCUGGCUGAUGACACGAUCAUACAGCUUUGUUCUGCCAAGUAUCCCCCAAAACCCUCUCACGGACACGUUUCAGGAACCUCUGCAGUAGUCAUCCAUUGUGAGUUAAUGAUGCCUUCACUGCUGGGAAUUAUAAAUAGGGAUUGAGCUUAAAAAAAGAAAAAAUCCAAUGUCAAAGCCAGCCAUGGGUACGGGAGAGAGAAGACAGGUUAGGAAGCUGCAGUCGAGCUCAAAAAAGGGUUGCAUGAGGGGCAAAGGAGGCCCCGAGAAUGCCCUCUGCACUUACAAGGGAGUUCGGCAAAGGACUUGGGGCAAGUGGGUGGCUGAAAUCCGCGAGCCUAAUCGCGGCGCUCGACUCUGGCUCGGCACCUUCGACACCUCCCAUGAAGCCGCCCUGGCUUACGACGCGGCAGCGCUCAAGCUCCUCGGCCCGUCCGCAAAGCUCAAUUUGCCGGGAUUUCGUCUGAAGCCUGCUCAGUUUCCAUCCUCUUCCUCCAGCUCCCAGAUCACGACCCCGGUGCAAAUUGGAAACGGAACUCGUCAGCAGAAUCUGGCCUGCUAUCGGGACAAGGAGUCCGCCAUGGCUUUUCCUGUUGAGAAUCGGGAAGAACCGGCGAAGGCCGAUGAGAAAUUUGGGGCGGACGAGGACGGAAGUGAUGGGCUUUGGAGGAAUUUGACUGUGAGCAUGCCGGAAUUCGACCAGUCCAUAUGGGCGGAAGCUGCAAUGACUCUAAAUUUUCCGGUGGGGGAAGGCCGUGGCAUCUUUUCCGGUGAGCUGUUGGAUGGAGAGAGCUGGGAAACUCUUGUCGAAUAAUAAGGAAAAGACAAAUAAAGACAUAUAUUACAUAACGCAAAUGUUGUGAAUAUACACGUUGCUCUUUGGUCAAGUCCCGUAACGGCUAUGACGCUUCUUGGAGCUUUUCUGGAUGUACUCUUGAAUCCCUGUCGUAUGCGCUUUUGUUAUAUAAUAUAAUAUCUUCCUUCUCUUUC